GCUCAGUUGUUUCACUGUUCUACCAAUAUACUGAAAUAUUCUAGCAGUGCUGCUAACAUAGCACUGCCAAGUUCACCACAGUGCUUUGUGCAUUGCGGUCCGGCGCAUUUUAUCCUACCCUGGUGUGUGUGAUUUUGUACAAAGGAAGGUGUUGUGUAGGUAAACUCUUCCUAGGAUUGGAAAUUACUGGCGCUCUCAAAUACAGAUUAUAAUAUGCAUUCUCUUCGGCACUUCGUACGUUCUUCUGUACGUUAUACGAGAAGAAUAUCGAACGCAACGACCUUAAGGCAGGAAGCAGCAGUAGCAGCAGCAGCAGCAACAACAACAGUGACUCCUUUGCAAACACCAGCCCCUGAUGCCCCAAAUAAACCACUUAGCCCAAAGAUUGAACAGCUAGUAUCAUCAAUUACAAAUUUAAAUUUACUAGAGGUUUCUGAAUUAAGUCAAGCACUGAAGAAAAGACUGAAUUUACCUGAUGCUCCAGUGAUGGCCAUGGGAGCUAUGCCAUCAUUUGGUGCAGCACCUGCUGAGGAAGAGGAAGCUGCUCCAAAAACAGUGAAAACAAGUUUUACUGUUAAACUUGAAAAGUAUGAUGAAAAACAGAAAAUUGCCCUUAUUAAAGAACUGAAGAAUCUUAUGGAGGGAAUGAAUUUAGUUCAGGCGAAAAAAUUUGUUGAAAGUGCUCCUGCUGUAAUUAAAGCUGAUAUUGGAAAAGAUGAAGCAGAAAAACUGAAAGAUGCUUUAACAAAAGUUGGUGCUGAGUGUUCAAUAGAUUAAAAACAGCUCUUUAGCUUGUUAAUUAUGUUUCUAAAGAGAGGAAAGUUGUGUUAUGGACUAAAGAAAUGUGUAGUAACAAUUAGUAAUGUAUAAUUCAAAAUAACUCUUUGUGUCUGGUUAUAUUUUACAUAUGCAUUUAUAAGUAAAAUGAAACUUAGGAGUUAAAGACAUUGACUUGAUUUUCCAUUUUACUGUUCAGUAAUUUUUGAUGUGUAGUCUUUCAGUUAUUUUCAUAGUAAACAGUUAUUUCCUUUUGACGAAGUGCUGUUUUCUACAAAUUGGUUUCUUUUUGUAUUUAAAUUGUUACAAAAAUGAUUUAAAUAUUAAUAAACAGUUUAAUUUAUUUCCUAGGGAUUUAAUAAUACUAAAAGCUCAUUUCCUUUUUAAAUUUUUCUUUGUAGUUAGUUCUAAUGAAAUAUUUAGAACAUUGUUAUUAUUUCAAUUAUUAAUGCCAUAAAAGAUCUAACACACCCCAUGUGUUCGUAAUUCCUAAUCCACAGUAUUACUGGUGUUAACCCUCUUAAUACCCAAGGUAAUUUUGUGCUCAUAGUGCUCACUUGUGUUUGAGCUUGCACUGGAGCUGUUGGAGCCUUCUGACAGCAUGUUUUUGCAACAUUGGUACUAACCAAUAGUUAUGUUGCUAAAUAUUUAUUAUUAGAGUGCUUCAACCCAUUGGUUUUUAUGAGCAUUUUUUUUUCUAUAAGCAGAAUCAUUAGAACUUAGCUGCAUAUGCCCUGUCAACUUCAGUGCAGACGAACCACAGUUUGCUUUACACCAGCACCUACCUCCGACUUAACCACAGGCAUAUAGCAGCUGAUUAUGGAUUUCAAUUAAGAUCCCAACCAACCCAAGUCAUGUGUACACCCUGGCCAGGAAAGUAAAAUGCCUUAGUGAUCACGGCCAAAUCGACAUUGGCAUUUAAGAAUGACAAAACUUGCUUAUUUGUUUCAUUUAGGAUGCCUCCAUCUAUUGAUGAAAUAAAAUUUGCAAAUUAGUACAAAAAUAUCUUACAUUAUUGAAGAGAGUUUUGGAAGUAUUGUAUCCAUCAUUAUUGAAAGAGAGGAUUGAAAACAAAUUCAAGAAGUAAAUUAAUAGAACAUUCAUAGGUUGACAUUCAUCUGUAUGCAUAUUGAUAAUGGUUGAAAUUAAAUAUCAGAAUUCAUUAAGUGUUAACAAAUGUUAUUUGCAUUAACUUUCACAAAUCUUCCUGCCAUAUCUUAUGAGGACUCCACAAAGAUUUGUGCUGUUGAUACAUAAUAUUUUUAAUGUUUUUACUUCUUAUAAACUUACAAAAAUUAAACUAUCGAUUAUCUAAUCAUUGCACCUAAAACUAGCAGUGCUCACCUAGAAGAUACAAUUUUGGUUUGUUGACAAGUAGUAAGUCAACAAAAAUUCAGCCAAUAUUUUUAAAAAAUCAGGGCUGUACAAAGAAAGAGGAAACAGGAACAGGUAUGGUCUAAUAAACACGAAAACUCAAAGCUUCAGAAAAUAUAUAAAACCCUUACAAAAUUAAAGGCUAGUUUUAGGCUUGUAGUAAUUUUUUCCUAAACUCAUAUUCUCAAAAAAUCAGGGCUAUGCAGAGAAAGUGGGUUAUAUAUGUUUCAUGUGGGUUAAUAAUCAUGAAAACUCAAGUAGCAAAAUUAUGAAUUCUUACCCAAAAUGAAAGGCUAAUUUUAAGCUCCUGGAAGAAAAAAGAAAAAA